AUGCUUGUGCGGCUCGUGUUUGGACUUUUCGUCCUCAGAGCGGCAGUGGCCAGCCCCAGAUUUUCCCGACAAGUGGACUUGGACACGUACGACAGCGCUAACUAUGACGUGGAUCUAGACAAUAUCAAUUUGGAGAAUCAGGAUACCUACGACUAUGAAGAUGGGCUGACAAUUGAUGAUCCUCAGAUAGAGAUUGGAACACUGGCCCCACCUGACUACAACUACCCUGUACCUGAGGACUCGUUGGAAGCAGAAAAAGAAGUGGAGGAGGAAGAGGAGGAGGAGUUGCCCCUAAAACCCCAGCUUGUCCCUCAGGGUUCAGGGGGAUCUGGGGUUCUCAUGGGUCCAGACACACAGAAAGAGGUGGAGCUGCGUCUGACGCCCAUUGAUAUUCUUCAUGUCUCCGGAGAUUUUGGGGGCUCCGUAGGGUCUGGGGCCUCAGGAGCUUCUGGGGCUUCUGGGUCUGGAGGGUCAGGAGACACACUGGUCUCCAGCGCCUCUGGGGGUUCUGGUGACAUUAUCUUCAUCUCCGGAGCCUCGGAGGAGCUCCACAGCUCUGGAGGAUCCGGGGAGUUCUUGUUAUCUGGGGAUCUUUUGAUAUCUGGGGAUCUCUCGGGAUCUGGAGAUACCAUGGGAUCUGCAACUUCUGGAGCCUCUGGUGACUUUGCCUCCGGAGGCUCUGGGAUUUCCAUUGAACUCCCCCUGGGCUCUGGAGGGUCUGGGGACCAGUCUGGUUCUGGGUUCUCCGGAGAUCUUUUGAUCUCAGGGGCUUCGGGAAGUUCUGGGGUUUCUGGGGACUCUGAGUCCGGAGACUCAGGGAUAAUAUUGUUGUCUGGAGAGGAGGAGCUGCCCCUCAUUCCCGACACUAUCCCCCACGAGGCAUCGGGUGCUUCUGGGGAGUUCUCAGGAGCUUCAGGGGUCUCCGGAGCCUCUGGGGCUUCUGGUGUCUCUGGCUCUGGAGACACUGAGGUCCCUGAUGUGACUCUGGUCCCUGACACUAAAGAGGAGGGGCUGCUUCCGACUACACCAGAAACCCCUCAGGAGGGUGCUGGCACUGUAGAAGGGUCAGUGAGCUCUGGAUUGCCAGAGCCUGAAGAGCCAGAAGAGCCUGAAGAGCCUGUGAUUGACAGACGAGGAAUGCCCACUUGCUUGUUGUGCACCUGCCUUGGUGGCUCAGUCUACUGUGAUGACUUGAAGUUGGAUAGUGUUCCACCUCUACCCAAAGACACCACUCACUUCUAUGCCCGCUACAACAGAAUCACCAAGAUCAACAAGUCCGACUUUGCCUCCAUGAACAAGCUGAAGAGGAUCGACUUAACUGCAAACGAGAUAAAGUCCAUUGAUGAAAAGGCAUUUUUGGGUCUGCCUAACCUGGAGGAGCUGGUGAUCCGAGAAAAUUACGUCUCCCAGCUGCCGGGUCUCCCAGAGACCAUGACCCUCAUUGAUGCCAGCCACAACAACAUUGGCACAAAGGGAAUUCAUUCAGAGGCGUUCAAAGAUAUGACUGCCCUGCUGUACCUGUACCUCACAGACAACCACAUUGACUACAUCCCAGUGCCUCUACCAGACAGCCUGCGAUCUCUACACCUACAGCGUAACAAUAUUCAGAUGAUGCAUGAGGACACGUUCUGCAACCUGAAAGAUUUCAACUACAUCAGGAACGCACUGGAGGACAUCCGUCUGGACGGCAACCCCAUCAACCUCAGCAGGACCCCACAGGCUUACGUCUGCCUGCCUCGUAUACCCAUCGGGGAUCUCAUUUAA